UCUGAACAGAAACUUACAUCUCGCCUGCGCGAAUAUAGAAAAGUAAUGUUUAGACGUCAUUAUAUUGCAGCAGAAUCCAGAGGGUUAACACACCGUCAAGUCGCGUCCGCAACACCUGCCAGUAGGGUGCCCAGAAUUUCUUUAUCACUGUAUCAGCAACUGUGGGAGAAAGAAGUCUUUCAGUCGUUUUAUUGAAAUACAACCUGCGGUCUCUCUGCUUCCGACUCGCUGUUAUCUUAUGAAAAAUAUAUCACAUUAUUAAAUAGCAGGAGCAAUUUCUGUCAAAGAUAAAUGCAUCGCCCUAAUUUCCGAGAAUAAUUUCAAACACAAACCUAGGACACCUUUUUGUUCUCGGGCGCUGUGGUGGACAUGGUUUAGAAUCGCAUCUGGUUUAGGCUUGGAACAGAGGUUGUAGUUCGAGAUCAUGGCCAAAAAAGCGUGAGUUUUCUUCUGCUGUAACAACGAUUAAAGGAAGACAUCGCAUAAAACACUGAUAUGCAACUUCUCUGAAAGGAAUCAUACAAUAAGUUGUGGUUUUUUCGUGGGAUGCCCGUGGCUGAAAUUAAAGAAGAUUUUUUUCUGGAGUUGCGGAAGAAGCUCUGGAAUAUGGGCGCUAAUCACUCCCACAAAACUCCAGUAUUUGAUGAAAAUGAAGACGUUAACUUUGAUCACUUUCAAAUACUCAGAGCCAUUGGAAAAGGAAGUUUUGGAAAGGUCUGCAUUGUGCAGAAGAGGGACACCAAGAAAAUGUAUGCAAUGAAGUAUAUGAAUAAACAGAAAUGCAUUGAAAGAGAUGAGGUUCGGAAUGUCUUCAGAGAGCUGCAGAUUAUGCUAGGUCUUGAACACCCUUUCCUUGUAAAUCUUUGGUACUCCUUCCAGGAUGAAGAGGAUAUGUUCAUGGUAGUGGAUCUUCUACUAGGAGGGGACCUGCGCUACCACUUACAGCAGAAUGUACAUUUUACAGAAGAAACUGUGAAAAUGUAUAUCUGUGAAUUAUCACUAGCCCUGUACUACUUGCAAUGCUGUCAUAUAAUCCAUAGGGAUAUUAAACCUGAUAACAUUCUUCUUGAUGAACACGGACAUGUGCAUAUUACUGACUUUAAUAUUGCCACUGUAUUGAAAGACUCAGCAAAAGCUACAUCUAUGGCUGGAACUAAGCCUUACAUGGCUCCUGAAGUGUUUCACUCUUUUAUGGAGGGAGGCCCUGGUUACUCCUAUCCUGUAGACUGGUGGUCACUGGGGAUCACAGCAUAUGAACUGCUGCGAGGCUGGCGACCUUACGACAUUCAUUCCAUGACCCCAGUGGAUGACAUUCUCAACAUGUUCCGAGCAGAGCGAGUGCACUACUCCUCCACCUGGUCCACAGGCAUGGUGUCGUUACUGAGAAAGCUUCUUGCCAAAGACCCAGAGUGCCGUCUUUCAAGUGUUACAGAUAUCCAGAGCUCCCCCUACCUGGCUGAUGUGAACUGGGAUGCUGUUCUGGAGAAGGCUGUUUCCCCUGGCUUUGUUCCAAAUAAAGGGAGGCUGAACUGUGAUCCUACAUUUGAACUGGAAGAGAUGAUCCUGGAGUCCAAACCUCUCCACAAAAAGAAGAAACGGUUAGCUAAAAGUAAAUCUAAAGAUGCCUCUAAAGAAUCUUGCUCACUGCCUGCCCAUUUGCAGCAGUGUCUGGAAACGGUACGGCAGGAAUUCAUCAUAUUCAACAGAGAAAAGUUAAGAAGACAAGGACAGAGUGUGCAGACAGCCAGUCCUGACAGCGAAACUACUAAUUCCACCCAGGGGAAAGUGCAAGAUGGACAUAACAACAAUAUGCUUGGACUAGUUGAGGGCUCAGCAGUCUGCCGCAGCUAGUUGCAAACACAAAGCCCACAGCACGCCAUCAACCAUGGAAAUAUCCCACCAGACUGAACUUGUACAAUUCACUCUGUGCAUGUUGUCUUUUUUUAGAAAGAAAAAAAAAGUUCCCUAAAGAGUUAGAAUGGGAACAAUCAUUGUAAGCCUAUCAAAAUUCUGGUUCACCAUAAACCAAUUCCCCAGUAGGUUACCUUGUUCUGUUUAAAGGCACGCUCUGGCUGCACACUAAUGAAUAAGAAGCUCUGAUCAGAAUCCAUUCCACAAAUAAAUGCCACAUUUUAAAACACCUGCUGCUUAGCCUUUAGAAUAGAACCUUCAAAGUCCACUGAACCACAUGAACCUUCCCGUGCUCCAUGGAUGUGUGCGGCAUGAGAUAAUUGUGCCCAAAAGACCUGUAUCUCUGCAGUGGUUUUUAUUUUAUUUUUUAUAUUGGCAGUAUUUCACACUUGAGUGGUAUACAUAAAUCAGUGUAUAUAAUACUACAUAUGAAACCUUGACUUCAUAUCAAGAGAUCACUUCGUUAUCAAUAUGAUUGUACUACAAUGGACUAGUCUAAUAUUUUUCUCUGUCUUAAAUUAAAAUCAAGUAUGUAUGUAAUUUUCAGUUGGGAUUAGAAAUGUACUAAAUGAAGUUCAGAAACUGACGGCACAUGCAAGGUUAUCUAAUUCACUCCAGGAAGUAAAAAAAAGCCUUUAUUUCUGUAUUUCACAUGUAUUGCAUCCCUCAAAUAAUUAAUUAAAAGACAUUCUACUCUUCUUCAGCAGCAGAAACUCAGCAGCAGAAUGUAUUAGGGUGCAAGUAUUUGUAAAAAUGUCUACUUCAGAAAAUUGCGUUUCUUUGAUUUUUUUUUCUUUUUUUUUUCUUUUUUAGAAAUGUUAACAUAACAUUCAGCAGGUUUCAUUCGACUUUAUGAAGCAAAAUGAGUUAAUUCUAUAGGGUGAUGCAAAACCUUUGGCCAUAGCUGUAUAUAGACAGCACAUAGGAAUAACUGAAUGAACACAAACACUAUAAAUAGUAAGUGAUGAAUAUGUUUUAAGCUUUUCAAGUCUUAAGUCUUGAUUCUGGUCACAUCCACUUCUCUCACUGUGUUAAUUAAGUCUGCAACUGCAACACACGUGAUCUGAAUCCGAGAUUUUGACAAGCCUAAAAUUAUUAUUAUUAUAAAAUACACAUCAAAUAUAAUUUCAACUGUACAGGGAUUGAAAAAGGGUGGCAAUAGUAUACUGCUAAUAAAGUACACCUUUUUAAAUGACCACUUUAGAUAAAUGAGGGAGGCAAAAAGCUAGCUGAUUAUGUGGGCAUCUGAGUUGAACACUGUAUAAAAUUAUCUGACAAACAACAAAUUGACAUAAAGGUUUAAAUAAGGUUUGCAUCUAGUGCCGGUAACUGUGAUUGAUUUGAAAGCAGCCACAGUGACUAACACAGCGGUUUGCUGGUGGGCUCGCUGUUUUAGCAUCAGGAGGUAGACAGUGUGCUGCAGUAUAUAGAUGGGAUCUGAACUCCCCUGUAGACAUUCAGACAAUCAUAAAGAACUUGAAAACUAUAAAGGCAGACUAGAAGUAUUAUGAAAGUAUUAUGCAUCCCCAACAGGGAUUGCAUUUUCCUAUGACCAGUUUUUCUCGGUUUAAUAUAAGGAGUUGUAAUGAAAACAUAAAGCAGAUAUUUUAAAUAAUCUGUUGCAUCAGAAUGUUUGGGUCCUCUCAGAAAAGGUAGCAGGUAGUCCUAAAUCUGUAUCUGUGUCACCCAGAAGUCAUGCAGGUGUGUAUUCCUUCUUGGUAUGAUGCAAAUGUUAGGCUGGGGAAGUUAAUUACUCAUUUUAAAACAUUUUGCACCCCCUUCUUAGAAAUGAGGGAUUUUCUGUGGUGCAUUACCAAGCAACUGUUUUAUAAUUGACAGCACACCCACAAAUAACUUAAGCAUCAAAACUUAUUGGCCCACAGUGCUGUCGAACGCAGUAUAGGUGCUGCCUUUCAUUUGUUGUAUUUCUUGAAUCGUGUGUUAUUUUUUUUUUUUUUACUACUGUACAGUAUAAAAUGUUAUUUCAUUCCAAGGGGUUUACACUUGGUUCUAUUACCUUCAAAAAAAGGUCUCCUGCAAAAAAGAGGGAGACAAAGCUUGCCGUUGUUUAAUGAAAUCAUAAAACAGUCGCUGCUACAUUUUGUCUGAUUAUUAUAUAUGUAUUGUCUGAUUCUGUUAAAUUGUAUAUUAAAACGGUUUACAAUUUUUAUAGUAGUUUACCAAGCAAACAAAAUGUAAAGCAUGGGGUGAUAUUUUUUAAAAGAAAUGUGUCAACAUUUGAUUAAGGCCCUAAAUAAACACCAAUGAUGAUUUG